AUAACGGCCUCUUCACGUAUACAUGUCUAAACCGUUUUCUCUCGCCCUUUGUCCCAGCUUUUCUUUGCGAUUUAGCUCGUUUCUCUGUUCUUCUUACUCUCUUUCGCAAUUGCCACCUUCCCUUUGCCAUUUCCUUCUUAAUUUCCAUCGACGAUCAGAAGAAGAUUUGAAGUUUGAAACAUGGCAAGUCGCGUCAAGGAAGAAGAGCGAAUUGAAAGGACCCUACGUAAUCUUUUGAAACUUCCAGAGAAUCGAAGAUGUAUUAACUGCAAUAGUUUGGGACCGCAAUACGUCUGUACAACAUUCUUGACAUUUGUCUGUACAAAUUGUAGUGGAGUACAUCGCGAGUUCACUCACAGAGUGAAGUCAGUGUCAAUGGCAAAAUUCACGGCAGAAGAGGUGGUUGCUCUUCAAGCUGCGGGAAAUCAGAGAGCACGGGAGAUAUAUUUAAAAACAUGGGAUCCCCAGCGUCAUUCUUAUCCAGAAAACAGCGAUCUCCAUCGGCUUCGGAACUUCAUCAAGCAUGUUUAUGUUGAUAGGAAAUACUCGGGUGAGAGAGGUGUUGAUGAGCUCCCUAGGUUGAGACUUACUGAAAAGGACACAUCCCAAGAAAGGAGAAAGGUUGCUCCAUAUUGUGGUGGAUUACAGAACUUGCAAGUUGAAAUGCCAAGAUCGAGUUCAAAGAGGGAAACCAGGAGUCCAAUUUUUUACUAUGAUGAGAGAAGCAGUCCUCGGUAUUCAAAAGAAAACAACAGAUAUGGAGGCUAUAGGAGAAGCUUUACACGCAUUGAGGUUGUAGAUGACAGAAUCAAAGAUGAUAAACCUGGAAUUUGCAGGCUCUCAAAUGGAGAUAGCAAGGCGGUUAUCAAGUUGAGUCGCAGUCAGGAAAAUUUAGCGAAGUCUUCUUUUGCAGUUGAAUUUAAUAAUAAAGUUACGACUGGCAAAAAGGAACCUACACGAAGAGUUGAGGAAGAUGCAAGAACCAAUAAAGGAAUAGACGCUGGCGGUUCUGAUCAGAAUGUUGUUUGUGUUAAUCCCGUGGAAACUAAAAGAGACAACAUAGAGAGCCUAAUUGAUCUUAGCAUCAGCUCCGAGCCUUCUGAUGCCACUGCCGCUUCAUCACAGACCCAACAGAUGCCUCCAUCUAACAAUGACAACUGGAACGCCUUUGAGCCAUCUUCAACGAAAAGCACUUCAACAGCCCCCAAUGCAAAUACUCUGGAAGCUUUGCUUUUUGAAUUAACAGUACCAUCAACUGGAGCUGAUAAAAAUCCGACUGAUGGACCUGCAAAUGCUUGCACUCCAGCAACUCCUUCUGGAAGUACUCUUACCCCAGAUUUCACUAUGGGGCAGACAGUACUACCAAUCAGCGUUGAAGCUUCUGUAGCUGAGACUAAGGAAAGUGUAGCGUUGCAAACUUCUAAUGCAAGCCCUCCGCAACUCACUUCCAACAAGGGUGGCGAUAUUGGACUACAAGUCAUUAAUGGACAGCAGCUUCCAAGCACGCAGCAAAAACAGAUUUUUAAUUAUCCUUCUGCAGAUUUUGAUUUGAAUUCACAACUGAUGACUCCAGCUGCUGUUCCAAAUUUUGAAUGGACUUCUUCAUCGGGAUCAAAUGCUCAAGGAUAUUCAAGUGUUUCAACUGACAAGAUAGUUGCUGCAGAUUCUAAACCAGCUCAGGGUGCCACUAUUGGAGUUGGAUCCCAACCUCCAUCUUUGGAAAAGAGUUCUUCUACUGGAAGAAAGGAACUUCCUCUGGACCUUUUUACUGCUAACUACCCUCAAGUUCGCAGCUCACAUCCAGGUUGGCAGACUGGAACUCAACAUGUGAUGGGUCAAAACUUGCAGUAUUAUCCUACCCCAGUGGCUGCAAGACCAACAAACCCAUUUGAUCUUGAUGAUGAAAAGAGUAAAUUUUACCCACAGAGUGCUCGUGCUAGCAUGCCCCCUCUUACUGGCUUAACGGAGAGAUAUGGCUAUCAACCCGAAGCCCAAUAUUCAGGUACAUACGUGGGGCAACAAGUCUACGGGAGUAUUCCGUCUUUGAGACCCCAGGGAGUAGGAAACUUCGGAUCAUCCUCGUUCCCAAGUCCUUUUGGCUCCUUCAAUAACACAACUCAGCAGCCGAGUAGCAGAUCAUACCCAGCACCUAACAACACGAAUCCAACUGCUCCUUCGUUUCGCAAUAAUCCCUUUGGAUAGACUUUCACUUCACUUCACAAAGCCUUUCGCUGUACGUACGUCUCAAUAUAUCAGGCCAUCUCCUUCCUAUCUUUUUAAUCUAAAUGAGAGUUUUUAAUUCCAUCAAAGUCUUAGGAUGUGAGUGGCUGUGUAAAUUAAUUAGAGUGCAAUGUACAGAUUCACCCAAGGUCAUAUAGAAAACUAACCAUAUGACACCGAUUUCAUAAGUUGGUUUUAUGCAUAAUUUGAUUGUUUUCAUUUUGAGAUAAUCACUAAUUUUUAAGACGUAUAUCUCUUGACUCGA